AUGAAUAACGAAUUAUUGUGUUCGUUCACUCAUCUCGAAGAUCUUCCAGAUGAGCUUGUACUAGCUAUUUUUGUUUAUAUUCCCGUUCAAACUCUCUAUGAUAGUUUUCGUAAUAUUAAUCAACGAUUAAAUUCGAUUCUUACAUCAGUACGAUUAAGUGUAAGAAUCGAAGUAAACGAAGAUCGAAAUCAGUUGUUGAUUACUUCUGUUCAACAUUUUGCUCCACAAAUCAACUCGCUUCACAUUGCUCUCUGGUGCCAACACCUUGAUUUGACAAAAUUUCAACGCAUCCAAUCACUUUAUAUUUCCCGACCAACAUUCGUUCAAUUGAUGUCUAUUCAACCUGAACAUUUACCUGAACUAAGAACACUUUCAAUUAAAUAUGCUACUCCAUUGAAAUAUGACCAUAUUGAUGAUUUUUAUCGUCUAAUUAUAUCAAAUCGUUUUAAACAACUUCGUUUCGUUCGUCAAGAUGGGGCUGAUCUUCGUCUUGAACAUUAUGUUGUCGAAAACAAAUAUCUCCAUUUACUCUAUAUCGGAUCGUGUGAAUUGCAACAUUGGCCUGAUUUAUUAAAAGCAUUACCAGCUCUAUGUCAAUUUACUGCUACGAUGUUUUAUCUUACUCCACCAAUUGCUGUUGCUACAUCAUUUCAACACAUGGCUUUACGUCAUCUUAAUAUUGUACUAGAUGAAUAUUAUGAUGUCAUCGAUGAUCUUGAAAAAGUAAUAUGGUUUACGCCAAUCUUAACUCAUCUAGCCGUUCGUUGUAGACAUUCUCUACCGCCAAUCGAUUUUUUCGGAUUAUCCGAUAUGUUAGCUGAAUGUACACCUCGUCUCAAACACUUUCGAUGUCGAUUCAAUCUUGUUAUCAAAAAAAAUGAAAAGAUUGCAGAAGUGGAUCAUAUAAGACAAAUUUCUCCACUUUUCACUACAAUUCACUACAAACAACAUGAAACACGUAGUCAAUGUUUUAUCGUCGCAACAGAACCAAUGAUGGAUGAAUAUCGACAAGAUUAA